AUGUUUUGGUGGAUCUGCUGGCUGUUGAUACUGCGUUUGAAAUGUGUAGUUCAAGCUCAAGAUGAAAACCGGGUGUUUUUCCUGCCGGGAGCGUUCCAGAACGUCAGUGUAUCGGGGAAUGAGACGGUGCAGGCUGUCACCACCGGGAUCCCCUCAGAGGUCGCGUUCGUCACGGUGCAGUUGCACACCCAGCGUCACAACGUGACGCUUUCCUACAGCACCACACCAGUAUUUGGUCUCUCUUCAACGGCAGUGGACACAGGCAUCCUGUUACCUCUUCUGCCGGGUCAAACGUCCUUUACUUUGUUUCUGUUCUCCGCUGAUGGGAGCACAGUCACAAGUACGGGGGUUAUUCUCCCAUUCUCCAACACAGAUCCUGUGCCAGGCGGGUGUAACAUUGAGUUCAAUUUAAACAUCGACCCCAACAUCUACCUGCGCUACAACCUCUUUGAAACCACGAUCCAGUUUGCGCCGGCUAACCUGGGGUAUGAAAGGGGCGACUCUCCUCCAUCCUGCGACACGACUACAGGAACAAACACAAGGUGGCGACUACAGUACGACAUCUACCGGUACUUCUUGCCUGAGAACGACUUGUCGGAGCGCAGCCUGUUUCGCGGCGUCCAGACGGUGGCGGAUGUUGAUGGCAUGGUGGAGAACGGCAAACUGAUUAUGACGCUAUCAUCAGCAGAAAGGAGCACUUUGGUUUUUACGUCCAUCCCUGGUCAAGGCGUCAUUUACUCAGUUAUUGUGAGGGAUCCAAUUCUUAACACGUCGGCCUCUUAUGUGCCGGUCCACACGUAUGCGUGUAGCUUUGCUUCGAAGCUGGAUGGAUGUCAAACGCUGGGGAAGAUUACAACAAAAGUAUUCUUUACAAUAGCUGGCUUGGCAGGCCUGUUUGUCUGCUUCUUUGGGCACCGAUUCUUUAAAUCAGAGUUGUUUUGCAUGGGCUUCAGCUUUUCCGCCUUCUUCUUUUUCGUGCUCAUCACCAGAACCACGGCGCUGGAUUACGACAUCCGUUUGGCCGUGUCGGCAGUCAUCGGCGUGGUAGGCGGAGUCCUCCUGGUGAUGAGUUGGUGGCGUUUCGGCUCGGUCAUUGCGUGCGUGGUGGUCAUCGGCCUGAUGUUGGGCUUCCUCGUUGCAUCCACCGUCCUCUUCACUCCCCUCGGUGAUCUUGAUGUGUUUAGGCGCUCGGAUGCUGUUUUCUGGGUGACGUUCUGCAGCAUCAUGAUCAUCGUUCCGCUUUUUUUCAUGCGUUGGCCCAGAGAGGGUAACAUCACCACAUGCGGCGUCAUCGGCGCGUACGCCGUCAUCCUAGCGGUGAACGCCUACAUCUACACCAGCCUUUCCUACAUCACCCUUAACAUCCUCAAGCGCUUCCUUAACAACAAUUUCAACGCCAUGUUCACUGACGUGCCCUUCCAAACAAUCGACUACAUCAUGAUGACACUUUGGGUGGUGUUGGCCGUCGCGGGGAUCGUCUUGCAGCUGUACCGGGAGCGCACGAGGCCUUUUUUCCCACCUAGCCCGUACCUCAUGUGGCUGCAGGAGCGAGAACGGCGCAAAACUAACGUGCUCGACCCGAGCCACCACUUCCCACCGCUGCCCAACCGCCUCCUGGCCCGAGCACGGCAGCUCACCAAGCGGAUGGAACCGGCUGGCGAGCACACGCCGCUGCUGCUCUAG